AUGACAACGAACAAACCGACCAUAUACACCCUUUAUGAGCGACGAACUGGGACAUGGCAAUACGUGGUAUCUGAUCCGUCCACAAAAGCUGCAAUCAUCAUUGACCCAGUGUUGGAUUAUGAUGCUGCCACCCAGAUGAUCACGACUUCCACGGCUGAUACGAUUCUAUCGCUGAUCAAGGAAAGAGAUCUUCGUGUAGAGAAAAUCCUAGAAACUCAUGUACAUGCGGAUCAUAUCACGGCAGCAUCGUAUCUUCAGAGCAGGCUUGCACAGGAACAGGGUCAGAAGCCACUCAUCUGUAUAGGGAAACGCAUCGUGCAAGUGCAGAAGCUGUUUGGUCGGAGAUAUCACAUUCCUGCAGAGGAUUAUGUGGGUGCAUUUGACAAGCUUCUCGACGAUGACGAAACUUUCAGCCUUGGAAUUCUCAAGGUGACGGCUUUGCAUCUCCCUGGCCAUACGCCGGAUCAUAUGGGCUACGUGAUCGGAGACAAUGUCUUCAGCGGCGACUCAGUCCUAAACACAGAUCUCGGCACUGCGCGCGCUGAUUUUCCUGGUGGUAAUGCGUCCGACCUCUUCAGCUCUGGACGUAAACUUUUGAGCUUGCCAGAUCAUGUCAAAGUCUGGACAGGACAUGACUAUGUCACCGAAGAACGUGGGGAAGCGGUGCCUUUCAUGACGGUUCGUGAUCAUAAACAAGGGAACAAGCAUCUCAGAAACGGCCUUACCGAGGAGGAAUUUGUCGCUCUGCGAACUCAGCGCGAUGCGAAGUUGGCAGCCCCAAAGCUGCUUCAUCCCUCUCUGCAGAUGAACAUCUGCGCCGGACGACUUCCUGAAGUCACAGAGGAGGGAAAAAGGUACUUGCAUCUUCCGCUCAAACUUGGAAGUGAACGGUACCCUAGACAUUGA